AUGAGCGAAUUCAGUGCUCGACGUAGUGAAGUGUGUCUGGAGCUCUCUAGUGUUUAUUGUCAGCCGUUACUGACGAGAAAGCUAAAUGUUUCUGGAGUACUAGGAAAUGCUGAUGAACAUGAUUUUUCUAUAAAGGAAUUCAGCCGUAGGUCGGGGUUGAGUUCUUUGAAACAGUUGCUAGUUGACAACAUGGAUUUUGUUUUUGAUAAAAUUUCAAGCCUUUACGAACUGGAACUGUAUGAGGACGCUAUUUUGCUUCUCGAAGUUUGCGCUUCAGAUAUUCAGAGCCUUAGCAAGCAGCAGUCUGCAAUUUUGACUGCAAUGGCUGCAGACUCAUAUUUUCAGUGCGGACAUUAUACAACAAGCCAGCAGAAAUUCUGUGAAGUGGAGUUGAAAUAUAGGUUAUACGGCUGUCUAAUGAAACAAAAUAAGAAAGAGGAAGCAAUGGGAGUUCUUGGAACCAUAGCGGAACAAGAUAUGACUCCGAAAGUGAAAGCUGCUUUAGCAAGACUGCACUCAGUUAUGGAUGUUCGCGAACAGAAGAAUACAUCUGGUGAAACGACGUCUAAUGCAAUUUUAUUCCACAAGCAGGUCGUGGAAGAUUGCCCAUCUGCUUUUCUUUCUUUAUCCUUUAUUGUGCGUAAUGGGAGCAAAUUUGAGAAAAGCAAUGAUUUGACGACGGCAGCGCUGGCUUGGUUAGAGGCCCAAGAAGCAGUUUAUGAACAUAACUACCCGAAAGCAAUAGAGAUCUUAAAUAGAGUGGCUGAUAACAAUUUGAGAAUACUCGUUGAGAUUGGCAAGCUAUAUUACAUUUACGGCGAACGCCAAAAAGCAGCGAUUUAUUUGCAAAAAGCUCAUAAUAUGGACCCCAGUUACUCAAAUUCGAUGGACAUACUUGCCUAUAUCUACGCACAAGAUCAUAAACUCAAGGAACUAGAAAGCUUAGGUGCCAAUCUAAUGAGGGCUGCAGAAAGUCCUGAAGCAUGGAUCACUUAUGGUUUUCUUGCCAAAUCUCAAGCAAAACAUGACAGCGCAUUAUUUUUUGCCCAGAAGGCUUGUACGUUAUCGAAUUCUCAGACUGAUUCAAUGGCAAUGUUGUUGAAAGCAUUAGUUUUUAUGGAGAAAAGAAAAUAUGAAGACGCAGUCCAACACCUUCGAGAUGCAUUGAUCUACGAUCCCCUGAAUUAUGACCUGUACGAAACGCUUGUGCAAGCUUACAGUGACCAACGAAGGCCGAAUGAAGCGAGGUUGACAGCCAGUCACUGCCGACACCAGUUAGGACAGGACAAUGCUAGAGCGCUUUACUUAUGUGCUAAAGUAGCUGCAAAAAACGAUGUAAUGAUGAAUGAAGCUCAGAGUCAACUUGAAAAGGCUGUGUCGCUGUCUCCACAUUUGCUGGAUGCUGUAUUUCUACUUGUUGAACUGUAUGAUAGGACCAAAAAUUACGAAAAGGCGAUUGCUUUACUUAAAAAGCAAACAGAGAUUACGGUCGAUAGUCGUCUUCACCGCUUACUCGGCGACUUUCUUGCGAAGAGCAGUCAGCUUGAGGCCGCUUGCGACCAGUACAAUUUGGUCGGCACUUUGGAUGCAGAUUCGGUAGGCUCGACAAUGAAUUCUCUUGAAGGUAUUGUUGGUCUAAGUACCCCAGAAGCUCCGGGUAGUGCUGGUCUUCCUUGCCCUGCUGCACCGCGCCGGCGAGGCAAUACUCAUACGGAUGCCUUGUCAAGUACUGCUCAACGUAACUCUUAA